AUGGUAUUCCCGGGAUGCCGUAUGGUAUUCCCGGGAUGCCGUAUGGUAUUCCCGGGAUGCCGUAUGGUAUUCCCGGGAUGCCGUAUGGUAUUACCGGGAUGCCGUAUGGUAUUACCGGGAUGCCGUAUGGUAUUACCGGGAUGCCGUAUGGUAUUACCGGGAUGCCGUAUGGUAUUACCGGGAUGCCGUAUGGUAUUGCCG